AUGUCGGCCAAAAAGAUUGAGCAAUGGGAAAUUGAGCGAUACUGGGAGAUUUUUGCCUCAUUAUCAAAUGGCCAGAAACACCUGAACAGCUCCCAAGCCGCCUCCGUACUGAGGAACAGCCGGCUGCGCGAUGACCAACUGGAGAAGGUCUGGGAUAUUGCCGAUGUUGAUGGAGAUGGAGAGCUGGACUUCGAGGAAUUCUGCGUUGCCAUGCGCCUAGUGUUUGACUUGGUCAAUGGCGAACUACAAGAAGUCCCGAAUGUUCUGCCAGACUGGCUCGUCCCAGAAUCUAAAUCACAUCUCGUCCAUGCGACCCGAGCACUAAGCAGCGGACAAGAGCAGUUCGAGCGCAUAGAAGACGAGGACGACACCCUCGGCUUGAAGGAUGGUUUCGACUGGUACAUGAAGCCUAACGAUAAGACCAAGUAUGCCGAGAUCUACGAUGCCAACCGGAACGCCCGUGGCCAGGUAGAAUUCCAACAAUUACAGCCCCUCUACGAAUCGCUCGAUGUCCCCGACACCGACGUCCGCUCCGCAUGGAACCUCGUAAACCCCUCCGCGUCAUCCGCAAUUAACAAAGACGCCACGCUCGCCUUCUUGCACAUCCUGAACUACCGCCACGAAGGCUUCCGCAUCCCGCGCACGAUUCCCGCCUCACUGCGCGCUUCCUUCGAGAACAACCAGAUCGACUACCAAGUUGACAAGGCGCGGCCCGCACAGCGCUACGGCGCAGAUGGCGAGACAGAAACACGGACAGGGCGCAAGGCCAAAUUCGGCGACACCUACCUUAGUCGGCUAGGUGUUGGCGGCAAAGGCUCAUACCAGCCCAAGGGCACCGAUUUUAGUGACACGAUCCAAGACGAGGAGUGGGAGAAGGUGCGGCUGCGUCGCGAGCUUGCGGAGCUAGAGUCAAAGCUCAACUCAGCCAACAAAGCUUCGGAUUCUAGACGGGAUCGACCGCGGAAUGAUGGCCGGCCCAACUGGGUUCUCAUCAAGAAAGAGGCACUUUCUCUGCUGGAGUAUAAGGAGCGCGAACUUCGCGAGCUGCGUGAGGGAUCUGGCCGCGCCAAGGACGGUCAGGAUUUGGAGCGACUGCGGGCGGACGUGAAGACCGUUGGAGAACAAGUGGAUAGUUUAAAGGCCCAUAUGUCUCAACGGCACGAUGUUCUUUCGGAUCUCCGCAGCCAGAUCGAAGAUGAGAAAGCUCGGAGGUGA